ACGACUAUAGUUUUUACUGUGAACCCGUAAAAAUAAACAGACGAAAACGUGUUACGUGUAAAAAAAACAGCGAAAGGAAAUGUGUUAUACCCUUCCUUAAGUUCUCUCCCCUCCUGUACUGUAGUGUUUUUUUGCACGUAUUAUACAACUCGACCAACGAGUAUCACUAAGAACUUAUUGUUCUUGAUCGAAAAAUCGUACAAUGGCCCCUAGAACGAGCAGUUGGCCGACAUUGAACAAUUUGCCAAGUACUGACAGAAAUAUCAAAAGGGUGGAUGGUUGGAUAAAUGCACGCCGUAAGGAAGAUGGCGCCGAAGGAUUAUGGAGAGUACACGAUGGCCUGUACGAUCUUCAAGAAUGGAUACCUAAGCACCCUGGAGGAUCACAAUGGUUGGAAAUAACAAAGGCAUUUGACAUCACAGAGUUAUUUGAAACAUAUCAUUUGAAAGGAGACGUAGCAACGCAAAAGCUUCGUACAUUUUAUGUCAGAAAUGCAAGUACUCCGAGGUCGUCACCAUUUACUUUUAAACCGGAUGGUUUUUACAAAGUUUUGAAAUCGAGAGUAUCCAAAAAGAUUUCAACCAUAAACCACAGCAAUAUUUUACUCAAGUCUAAGUUGGUAGUAGACACUUUUAUUUUAUUAGCUUUGUUGCUUUGCGCUGAAUCUGCGCGGAGAAAUAGCUAUUAUGUUGCUGUGUUAGCUGGAGUAUCAUUAGCCUUUGGUUUAGUGGCCAAUCACAAUUUCACCCAUCUUAAAGACAACUGGAGAAUGUACUACAUCCAACUGGGUUUGUUCUCCGUAAGAGAAUGGAGAAUAUCACACACCGUCAGUCAUCACUGUUAUGCAAAUACAGUUUGCGAUCUUGAAAUGACUUUGCCUUAUCCUUUUAUUCAUUGGUAUCCUAGUAAAGAUAAGCCUUGGUCCGUAUUGUGGUUUUCAAAGUUAACUCCUCUGACUUACCCUUUUUCUACAAUCUACCUGAUACUCGGAAGAACUAUCACCCUGAACAACGAAAAAGCCGACUGUCUAUCUUUCAUCAUUCCUAUAGUAUUGAUGUCAGCUGGUAAUUUGUCUUUGGGUUCCGUGUUGACCAUAUGGCUUCUAGUAAUCACGACAAUGAGUUCUGUGUUCGUUUUCUUGGGAUUCAAUGGAGCACAUCAUCACCCCGACAACUUCCACGAUGGGGAUGAGAUUAGCCAACAAGAUAUUGACUUUGGACUUCACCAAUUAAAUGCUUGUUCAGAAAGACAAAUAAUCGGCAACAGCGUAGUGAUUUCGAUGAUAACUUUUGGCGAUCAUUCAUUGCAUCAUCUGUUUCCGGGUUUAGACCAUAGUUUAUUACCCCACAUCUACGACGUUUUUGAAGAAACGUGUAAAGAAUUUGGACUAGAAUUAAAGUUAAGAACGUAUGGAGAAUAUGUACGUGGCCAAUUUCAACAGUUGGUUCGAACAAAUCCUAGAAAAGCUUAAACAUCUAAAAUCUCAAUUCAAUAAUAUAAUUUGUUUAACUUUUUAACUGUUUACAUGCAACUUUAUAACCUCCACGGUAACACAAUUUACUACUUAUAUUAAUUUUAUGGAGUUUUAAUGUAUUAAUCUGGAUUAGGUUUUAUUAAAAAUUAUGAUUAUUAUUAUUAUUAUUAUUAUUAUUAUUAUUAAGUAUGAAACGGAUUUCUAUUAAAAUAACAAUAAUAUAUUAUUAAUUAGCUACCUAAUGAGAGAUUGUGAAUUGAUAUAAAAAUUAUAUUCAAAUAUAUUUCUAGGUAAAGGUGUGAUGAUAGUUA